CUCUCCCACAAAAAAUUGUUUACUCCCAAUUGACACUGACCGUGACAAGGAUGUUCCAGUAAGAUAUGAAGAAUUUAAAAUUCUCCUUAGAUGUAAAUUCAGAAGUAAAAAUAAAAUCGGCUACAAUGAUAUAGAACGACUGUCCUCUGUUGUAAAAACCUACCAUGAUGAUCAUAUAGUUUCAAAUGAGGUUUCGGAUGAAAAUGAGGUUCCAGAAGUUCUAGAUAAAUAA